UCUCUCUCUCUCUAAAACUCAAACACCCAAUCAAUCAAAAGUUUUCUUUUUGCUGCAAUCAAUGGAUCUGGCGCCGGAGGAGCUCCAAUUUCUGACCAUCCCAGACAUCUUCAGAGAAUCCACCUCCAUCCCCAAACAGUCCCCCAAGACCUUCUACCUCAUAACCCUAACCUUAAUUUUCCCUCUCUCCUUCGCCAUCCUCGCCCAUUCCCUCUUCACCCACCCCCUCCUCAACCAGCUCCAAGCCUCCUCCACCGACCCCGCCCAGCUCCACCACAAAUGGUCCCUCCUCCUCCUCUUCCAAUUCUGCUACCUCAUAUUCCUCUUCGCCUUCUCCCUCCUCUCCACCGCCGCCGUCGUCUUCACCGCUGCCUCCCUCUACACCUCCAAGCCCGUCUCCUUCUCCAACACCCUCUCCGCCAUCCCCAAAGUCUUCAAGCGCCUCUUCAUCACUUUCCUCUGGGUCUCCCUCCUCAUGGUCUGCUACAAUUUCGUCUUCGUCGGCUUCCUCAUCCUCCUCAUCCUCGCCAUCGAUACCCAUAACCCCUUUCUCCUCCUCUUCUCCGCCAUUGUCAUCUUCCUCCUCUUCCUCGUCGUCCAUGUCUACAUCACCGCCCUCUGGCACUUGGCCAGCGUCGUCUCCGUCCUCGAGCCCGUCUACGGGUUCGCCGCCAUGAAGAAGAGCUACGAGCUCCUUAAAGGGAAGGUUGGGAUGGCCUUCGUCCUCGUUUUCGGCUACUUGACCCUCUGUGCGGUCAUCGGUGCCGUUUUCGGGUCGGUGGUGGUUCACGGCGGGGAGGAUUAUGGGGUUUUUGUGAGGAUUGUGGUUGGUGGGUUUUUGGUGGGUGUGCUGGUGAUUGUGAAUUUGGUUGGAUUGCUAUUGCAGAGUGUGUUUUACUAUGUCUGCAAGAGUUAUCAUCACCAGGAGAUUGACAAGAGCGCCUUGCACGAUCAUCUCGGCGGCUACCUUGGAGAGUAUGUGCCUCUCAAGAGCAGCAUUCAGAUGGAAAACUUGGAUGUCUGAUGGUAAAGGAACAACAUUGUCUUGGAUUUAAUGUGGUCUCUAGCGUUAGCGGUUUUGAUCUUGAUGAUCAACAAGUAAGCCUAUAGACCUUCCAAAUUUUUUGUAUAUUACGUGUGGGUUUAUUGCCUUAAUCUAAUCUUAUAGAUGGUUGCAUAUUUUCUGUUUGUGAAACUAGUGUUCCUCCAAAAGUCCAUGGUGGAGUAUUCUUUAGGUAAAGCAUGUCUCCUGGGGAUCUUGAUUCCAUUUGAAUCUUUUCAAAUAGUUUUCAUAAUUUGAGAUCUCUAUCGUUUGGUUGGUUUUGCUUUAUGAUGAAGCCUUAGAGGUUAGCUAUAAUGGGUUAGGAUUAGGAUAGGUCUAGGUUCGAUUCCCGCAAAUGUAAACAAAAAACAGUUACCGACAGAUUGAGGGUGCGUACAAGAUCAUUUAUAUGUCGAAAUCCUCGGGGACGCAUGCCAUAUAAUGUUUGUAACUUAA